AUGUCAGUCACAAAGUCCUCACCGGCCGAGGCUGUCCCCGGUGCCGUCAUUGCCAGUGCUGUGUCGAAGGCUUCUCCUCAGCUAACACAAUUGACGCCAAAGCUCGGCAAGAGAGUAAAUGGCAAGAAUUGGCACGAACCGAAAAAACCGUUCCGUCCCACUGCAGGCCAGACCAGCUAUGCCAAACGGAAGGAACAAGAGAAGGUCGCACAGAUCGCGAAGGCUCGCGAACAGGAGAUGAAAGACGAGAAAGAGGCGGAGCGGAGUCGACGUAUCCAGGCCAUCAAGGACCGAAGAAAAGCCAAAGAAGAGAAGGAACGCUACGAGAAGAUGGCUGAGAAAAUGCACAAGAAGUUGGUAGAGAGAAGGAGGCGGCGAGAGAAGAGGAAUAAAUUACUGAAGAGUUGA